GAUAACAGCCGCCGAACUCAGCCGCUGCUCCAUUUCGUCUCGUCGGCCGUCCUCCUCGCGUGCAAUGCUUCGUCUUGCUACUCUCCUCCCCCUUAAACCUUUGACCCCAACCGCCGGCUUAAACCCCAGCCAGCGCAGCCACUGCCACCGCCCCAAACGCCUCCUCGCAUCCACCACCCCAGCACCGCCGCCGCCACCACGAACUCCAAAUCCAGCCACAGCUCCGAAACCUUUGAAGCCCGAACCCCGCGCCGACGACCAGAAUCCCAAAGACGUCGACGCCGACUUCCCCACGACUAAGCCCCGCAAGCCACGCCGUGGUCGCCGGAGCGAGGCGGUGGCUGUAGAGGACUUUGUACGGGACCGCCUCGAGCAGGUGUUCGCCUCUAUCCAGGAGCGCGACCCCGAGGUACUCCAAGGCAAAGGCGAGAUCCUGAAGCCAAAGGAGGAGGAGGAGAGAGUGGCGGGUGAGGAUGAGCCCAGGCAGGAAGAUGGGGAGCAGAAGACGGUGUUGGAGGAGGAGGACCCGAGCUGGCCGCUGGACGCCGACGUCGGGUGGGGGAUUCGGUCGUCGGAGUACUUCGACAAGCAUUCCAUCAAGAACGUGACGGUGGACGGCGUGGAGAUCGAUUGGGAAGGAGAGGUCGACCAGGGCUGGGUCAAGGAGAUCAACUGCUUGGAGUGGGAGAGCUUUGCCUUCCACCCCAGCCCCCUCAUUGUCCUGGUCUUCGAGCGCUACAACCGAGCGGCUGACAAUUGGAGGUUUCUUCAAGAAUUGGAAAAGGCUACUAAGGUAUACUGGAACACAAAAGAUCGGCUACCUCCACGGACUGUGAAGAUUGAUAUGAAUAUCGAGAGAGACCUGGCAUCUGCACUUCAAGCAAAACAAUGCCCACAAUUGCUGUUCCUCAGGGGAAACAAGAUGUUAUACAGAGAAAAAGAGAUAAGAACUGCUGAUGAAUUAGUUCAAAUGAUUGCCUAUUUCUACUACAAUGCAAAGAGGCCAUCCUGUGUCAAUCCUGAAGCACUUGCUCCUUCAUUCUAAGUUCCUCCAUGCAAGUGCUGAGAUUGUGCCUCGUUUUCACAAUCUGUUCUCUUGUCCCACUGUUAUUACUCUUUGGAAAGUGUUGCUGAGCUCAUAUUGUUGAAGAAGAUGUUCCUAGUUUGAUAAUUUAGCUGGAUUAGAUGCCGAAGAGGACAUUGUCGAUGCCUAUAGUGAAAAGAGAACCGAGAAAAACCAUUUGAAUGGAGCAGUCUCAUGAUAGGAAGGUGUGACUAAAACCAUGUACUUAGAUUUGCAUGCAGUUUUUUGUAGUCUAAUAUAGCAUAGUAUCUAACAUGAAAUCCGAAGUUUUCAGUAUCAGUGUCCUAGAUAGCAGUGUUGGGUGAUAGCUUCAUUUUCUAAAUGGUUACAUUAUUGGGACGAUUACAAAUCUUCGGAAGCAACAUUUAAAGCGUCCCUUUCCUAUUUAAAGAAG